AACCUCCAUGUGCCACGGGUGUGGCUCUAAAAAAAAAACAGAAAAAGAAAAAAAAAGAAAGGGAAGGAGACCCACUUCAAGGUUCUCUCUCAAGCUCCACUUCUCUGCUGCUCCUGUACCUUCAGGUGUAUCAGGUGAAACUUCCAAUUUAAAAAGUGGCUCUCAGCAGCCAAGUUAAAUCAGCUUUUAGACACGGGGCACAUAGGUUAAGGUCAAAGGUAUAUAUGUUGUCUUUGGCUUAUACUUUCUAUCUUUGAAAAGGUUAACUAGUAUUUAUUCAGUGAUUUAAGAGAUUCACAGACUGUUAGAAGGACUAGUAAUUAUCCAGUUCAAUUUUCUCAUUUUACAGUGGAGAGAUUUGAAGUCUUCAAAGAAUUAUCAAAAAAUACACAACCAAAGGGAAAAAAAUCACAGAGCAUUUACUAAAUUUCUAUUAGAGAAGAAUAUGAAUACGUUUAGGUGUUCUAGGAAUAAGGACAAGCUUCUAUUUACUAUCACAUAACUCACUGUGCUAGAUACUGCUUAAUGAUACUGGCCAUGUUGACCCUCCCCCCAUGGGCUCCCUCCUGUAUCCUAAUGACUGGAACCCUGAAAACUACAUUUCUAAGACUUCCUUGACAUUAGGACUUGGAUCCAAUUUAAGUUUUUCUGUAGAGAUAGACGUCUGGGCUUGAAAGGCAAAGGGAAUCAGAAGCUAAAUUUCUAUGACCAUAUUGAUUGGCAAACAUGUUCCAACAGAUGUGUUUCCAUCACCCCAACUCCAUACCUCACCCUUUGGAGGCAUCUGUAGUGGCAUCAGAAGUCACCUGCCCUUUGGGUGGUUGCUCUGGUGGUAUGACCUUAUAAGGCCUAUGGCAGCCCCCUGAUUUCUGGUCCCUAGGCCUUCCAUCUAUUUCAAGCACCUAAUACCCUGUACUAUAUAACUUUCUUUGUAAAAUAGAAUGGUUUUGGCUUCCUGUACUAAAUCGUGAGUAAUGUACACAUAAGCCAUAACAUAAAAUCUUAAAGAUGGAAGGAACUUCUUUGAGGCAUCAAAUCUAUAAUCACUCAAGUCCCUAAAUAUCUACUUCCUAAAUAUCUCUUAUGUCUAGUCUCUAUUCUCCUUCCCCCUGACACUGGCCUAGACUAAUGAAAUAACCCCCUGGAUUUUCAUACCCUCAAUUUUAGUCACUGUCUGUUAUGGCUUUCUAAUCUAUUCUGAUUUUGUCACUUCCUUGUUCAAAGUGACAAGAUCCCAUCCCCCCCUUGAGUGUGGCACUUCAAUACACUUCAUAAUCCAGGCUCCACGUGUUUAAUUCAUCAGUUUCCAUCACGUGAGAGUUCAACAACUCUGAACUAACUGUAGCUCACUCUAUAAUGUUUUCUUACUUUUUGCACAUAUUUUUCUUUCUGGCUGUUGUGUACUGCUUGUCCAUCAUCUAUCUAGCAAGCAUCUAUUCUUCCUUCAAGUCUUGGUUCUCAUCUCACUUGCUCUUGAAGCCUCUCUUACUUUUCUCCCAGGUGUACCUAAAUAUUUCUGCCUUAGUGCCAGCACUACACUGAAUCACAUUUCCAUUGUGACUUUGAUCAUAUCUCUUUUAUUAGACUGCAUGUUUCUAGAUGGAAACACUUUGUCUUCUCCUCUUUGAACCCCCCCAAUAAACUACUAAAAUGCAUGACAUACAGUGGGCACUCAAGGAAAUGGAAAAAAGGAAGGGAGGAAAGAACAGGAAAACGAAGGUACAUAGAAGUAGGAAAGGUGGGUAUAGAAGUGAGAUGGAGCCAGAGACAAGAUUCAGUGACUUCACAAUUCUGUCCUUUUGAGUUCACUAUGUGUGCAACUCAUCAUCUCCAAGAGUUAGUUCACCUCCUCAAAUCAGGCCCUCCUAAAUUUCCAGAAAAUUGAGCUUUCUUUUUCACUGUUGGCCCAACAAAACCUUUCAUUAUAGUUCAGGUGCAUAGCCUUUGUUUCUAUAUUCUAUACUUCCAAAGUAAAAGGAAAGAAAAGAAACAUUGUCCCUCUAAUCUUCCAGAGUUUUCACUUUGCAGAUUUUGUGACCCUAUCAGUUACCAUUUUAUUUUUUGGAAUCAGCACCAGAGACCUCAUUCCUGCCCUUAUCCAAUUCCUUUCUUCCUCUGCUCCACACUUCCCCUCCCCUGUUCACCUAUCCCUAUCACACUUACCCCUCCUCUUCCAGGUUUUACCAGGGCGCUGCAUCGUGAAAAAUACAAGAAAAAAAGGAAUUUUUACUUUAAGAAAAAUAACUCCUCCCCCUUCUCCAAUUUUUACAUCAAAAGAUAUGGUUUAAAGCCAUUCUCUUCUAAGUUUAGAGAACUGCAAGUUCUCUUGGGAAAGAAGAAUAAACAAAGUUCCUUAGAGCCAGAUAUUCAAAAUGCACCUACAGAUGACCAUGGUAAAGAAAGUGGCCAUCAUUGGAGCUGGCGUCAGUGGCUUAGCCUCCAUUCGGUGUUGUCUGGAAGAGGGGCUGGAGCCCAUCUGCUUUGAAAGGAGCAAUGAUGUUGGAGGCCUGUGGCAAUUCUCCGACCAUGCAGAAGAAGGCAGAGCCAGCAUUUACCAGUCUGUAUUUACCAACUCUUCCAAAGAGAUGAUGUGCUUUCCAGACUUCCCAUACCCUGAUGACUAUCCCAACUAUAUGCACCAAAGCAAGCUCCAGGAAUACAUAAAGACAUUUGCUCAAAAGAAGAAUCUUUUAAGAUAUAUAAAGUUUGAGACCCUGGUUUCUAGUAUAAAGAAAUGUCCCAACUUCUUAGUGACUGGUCAAUGGGAAGUUAUUUCAGAAAAGGAUGGAAAGCAGGAGUCCACUAUUUUUGAUGCUGUAAUGAUUUGUUCAGGACACCAUGUAUACCCCAACCUACCAACAGAUUCUUUUCCUGGCCUGGACAGGUUUCAAGGCCACUACUUCCACAGCCGGGACUACAAGGGUCCAGAAGUGUUCAAGGGGAAGAGGGUUCUUGUGAUUGGCCUGGGGAACUCAGGAUGCGACAUUGCGGUUGAGCUCAGUCGUCUGGCCACACAGGUCAUUAUCAGCACCAGAAGCGGUUCCUGGGUCAUGAGUCGGGUUUGGGACGAUGGCUAUCCUUGGGACAUGGUGUAUGUUACCCGCUUUGCAUCCUUUCUCCGGAAUGCCCUUCCAUCAUUUGUCUCUGACUGGCUAUAUGUCAAGAAGAUGAACACAUGGUUUAAGCACGAGAAUUAUGGCCUGAUGCCUUUAAAUGGCACCCUGAGGAAAGAGCCUGUGUUCAAUGAUGAGCUCCCAUCCCGCAUCCUAUGUGGCACCGUGUCCAUCAAGCCCAGCGUGAAGGAAUUCACAGAGACCUCAGCUGUGUUUGAGGAUGGGACAAUGUUUGAGGCCAUUGACUUUGUCAUCUUUGCAACAGGCUAUGGCUAUGCCUACCCCUUCCUUGAUGACUCCAUCAUCAAAAGCAGAAACAAUGAGGUCAUCUUGUUUAAAGGCAUCUUCCCCCCACUGAUGGAGAAGCCAACCUUGGCUGUGAUUGGUCUAGUCCAGUCCCUUGGGGCUGCCAUCCCCACAGCUGACCUGCAGGCCCGCUGGGUGGUUAAAGUGUUUACAAACUCCUGCUCUCUGCCAACCACAGAUGAAAUGAUGGAUGACACUGAUGAGAAAAUGAGGAAGAAACUCAAGUGGUUUGGCCAGAGCCAGACUUUGCAGACAGAUUACAUCACAUACAUGGAUGAGCUGGGCUCCUUCAUAGGGGCAAAGCCUAACAUACCAUGGCUCUUCCUGACAGAUCCCCAGUUGGCUCUGGAGGUAUACUUUGGUCCUUGUAGCCCAUAUCAAUUUCGACUGAUGGGACCAGGGAAGUGGAAUGGGGCCAGAAAAGCCAUCCUGACCCAAUGGGAUAGAACAAUAAAGCCAACUAGGACAAGAGCAGUCACUGAAGCUAAGAGACCACAACCCUUUUACAAUUUGCUAAAAAUACUAUUAUUUCCAGUGCUUCUUUUGGCUGUUCUGCUUACAUUUUAUUGAUGAGAAAGUUCUUUGAGUCUCAGAGGUCAGCUUAGAAUUUCAUAUCAAAUUUCAUAGUUGCCCCUUCUCUUCCUGCAGAUGUAAAAGUGAAUCCUAGCCCAUUUGUCUCAAAAUCUAAAUAAAAUGAAAAUACUCAGCAUAUCUCUUUAUGAUGGGAAUUUAUACUCUAAAUGGAAUUUCACGUACUGCAUUGGCAAGUUUGGGGAUAACUGAAAUAAGGAAAGAGAUGCAAGGGUAAAUGGGAGUGAGCACAAAUUUGCUGGCUGAACUAAGUUUAAUAAUAAAACUAAGUUUUAACUUUUUAAAGUGUGUUUUGUCAUGGGGAGAAUUUACAUCACAAUGUUGAGUCUAACUCAUGACACAGUAUAUCUCUCCAUUUACUUAGAUUUCCUUUAAUUUCUCUCAGCAGAAAUCCUAAAUGUACCA